GACUCAAGACUCUUGUUAUCUUAUUCAAAGUGGCUACUGGCGGAACAGUGACGAGAGGAAUGGCGAGCAUUGUGGCGGGGACGCCUUGGAUGAGAAUUAGAACGAUAAGGAAGCUAGAGCUUGCUCCUCCUCAAAUUUUGCGCCAAUCGUGUGUGUAUUGUUUUGUUAACAAGGAGAGGAGAUUUUCAGUCUCAGCGUCUUUAUCUACACGUUCAAACAAGGUUGAUGGACAAGUCAGAGUUCGUUUUGCUCCUUCUCCCACCGGGAACCUCCACGUCGGUGGUGCCAGAACCGCUCUCUUCAAUUACUUGUUCGCUAGAUCGAAAGGAGGAAAAUUUGUUCUGAGAAUUGAAGAUACUGACUUGGAGAGGUCUACUCGAGAAUCUGAGGAGGCAAUGCUUCAGGAUCUUUCUUGGCUUGGUCUUGAUUGGGAUGAAGGCCCAGGUGUUGGUGGAGAUUAUGGUCCGUAUAGGCAAUCUGAAAGGAAUUCUAUGUAUAAGCAAUAUGCGGAUAAGCUUGUGGAAUCGGGUCAUGUUUAUCGCUGUUUUUGUUCUAAUGAGGAACUUGAGAAAAUGAAGGAGAUUGCAAAAUUAAAGCAGCUGCCUCCGGUGUAUACAGGAAAGUGGGCCACUGCAACUGUUGCAGAAGUACAAGACGAGUUGGCAAAAGGAACCCCUUACACAUAUCGAUUUCGUGUGCCGAAGGAAGGGAGAUUGAAAAUCAAUGACCUCAUUAGAGGAGAAGUUAGUUGGAACUUGGACACUCUUGGGGAUUUUGUAAUCAUGAGGAGCAAUGGACAACCUGUUUACAAUUUUUGUGUCACGGUUGACGAUGCCACUAUGGCUAUUUCUCAUGUUAUAAGAGCAGAAGAGCAUUUACCAAAUACUUUGAGGCAAGCACUUAUAUAUAAGGCUCUUGGAUUCUCAAUGCCUAACUUUGCCCAUGUUUCGUUAAUUCUUGCACCUGAUAGGAGUAAGCUAUCGAAAAGGCAUGGUGCAACUUCAGUGGGUCAGUUCAGGGAGAUGGGCUACCUGCCUCAGGCAAUGGUAAACUACCUGGCACUUUUAGGUUGGGGUGAUGGCACUGAAAAUGAAUUUUUCUCACUCAAACAACUUGUUGAGAAAUUCUCAAUCGAACGUGUUAACAAAAGUGGCGCUGUCUUUGAUUCUACUAAAUUAAGGUGGAUGAAUGGUCAGCAUUUAAGGGCCCUUCCAUCAGAAGAGUUGACCAAACUUAUUGGUGAACGCUGGAAGAGCAGUGGUAUCCUCAACGAAUCAGAGGGGCCGUUCAUAGAUGAGGCACUUCAGCUACUCAAGGAUGGGAUUGACUUGGUGACAGACUCGGACAAAGUACUUUCAAAUUUGCUGUCUUAUCCUUUGCAUGCUACUUUGACAAGUCCUGAAGGCAAAUCGGUUGUAGAAGAUAAGCUUUCUGAAGUUGCAGCUAGCCUCUUAGCUGCCUAUGAUGGUGGUGAACUUGUUGGUGCACUCGAAGAAGGCCCUGCUGGCUGGCAAAAGUGGGUGAAGAACUUUGGAAAAUCAUUGAAGCGCAAGGGGAAAUCGCUUUUCAUGCCCCUCAGGGUGUUGCUAACCGGAAAACUUCAUGGCCCUGAUAUGGGUGCCAGCAUAGUUUUACUCCACAAAGCUGGAACCCACGGAGUCAUAACUCCUCAAGCCGGGUUUGUGACAUUGAAUGAAAGGUUCAACAUGCUGAGGCAAAUUGACUGGGAAGCAUUGAACAGAAAUGAACCCCUCUUGGAGUCUACCACCUCGUUAUCCAACUGAGGAUUCACAAUUUUGACCGGCGCAUUAGAAACCUUAGAUUUUUACUUUCGAUAUAUUUGUGCAUCAACCAAGGAGACCAAUAAGAAGAGUUCAUUCUGUAAUAUUCCAACUGAGGGAUGUGGAUAUACAGUUUUCUUUAAAAUGAAUUGUUUAUUUAUUUCAA